CUUUGAUCAAGAGCGCCCACCCUGACUGGUCUCCGGCCGCGAUAAAAUCUGCAAUCGUGACAACAGCUGAUGUUGUAAAUCUUAAAGGAAACCCAAUCCUUGAUUCUGAUCUUCUUCCAGCCAAAUUCAUUGCUAUUGGCGCUGGACAUGUUAACCCAUCAAAAGCAAGCGAUCUGAGUAACAGUCCUCAGACCUUUACAAGGACAGUGACUAAUGUUGGCUCUGCCUUUAACUAUGCGUGGGUUGCCCCACCAGAUGGGGUUGAUAUCACCGUGGUGACUGAUGUAAUUGCAUUCACUGAGGAGCCGAACCAUAAAGCUCCAACAGAUACAUUUCGACACUUUCGUGAAAACCUGUUUAGCUUCUAUUGUGUAAUUGCUCAGCAAAAUGACCUCUUUCCAACCACUACUAAAUCGGGCAAUUUGCAAACAUAUAUUGUCCAUGUAAGGAAACCAGAGGGCAGGGUAUUUGCUCAAACAGAAGACCUGAAGAGCUGGCAUGAAUCUUUCCUGCCAGCCAUUACCACAGCAAGCUCAGAUGAACAGCCACGCAUGCUUUACUCGUACCAAGAAGUGAUCAGUGGUUUUGCAGCUAGACUCACUCAGGAGGGAGUGAGAGCAAUGAAGGAGAUGGAUGGCUUUGUGGCAGCACAUCCUGAGAGAGUAUUUCGUCGGAAAACUACACACACACCCAACUUCUUGGGGCUGCAUCAACAAACAGGUAUAUGGAAAGAAUCCAAUUUUGGGAAGGGAGUGAUCAUUGGAGUACUGGAUGGUGGAAUUGAGCCCAACCAUCCUUCAUUUAGUGGUGCAGGAAUUCCACCUCCACCUGCAAAAUGGAAAGGGAGGUGUGACUUUAAUGCGUCAGACUGCAAUAACAAAUUAAUUGGUGCAAGGGCUUUCAAUCUUGCAGCUCAGGCAUUGAAAGGAGAUCAACCUGAGGCACCAAAUGAUAUAGACGGACAUGGGACCCACACAGCAAGCACAGCUGCUGGUGCAUUUGUGCAGAAUGCUGAUGUGCUGGGAAAUGCAAAAGGUACAGCAGUCGGGAUAGCGCCUUAUGCUCACCUGGCAAUAUACAAAGUGUGCUUCGGAGAACCCUGUCCUGAGGCCGAUAUACUAGCUGCGCUUGAAGCGGCUGUUCAGGAUGGUGUGGAUGUGAUCUCAAUCUCUCUUGGUGAAGAUUCAGUUCCAUUUUUCAAAGACAGUACUGCAAUAGGCUCAUUUGCAGCAAUCCAAAAGGGAAUAUUUGUAAGUUGUGCAGCUGGAAAUUCUGGCCCAUUUAAUGGCACUCUUUCUAAUGAAGCCCCCUGGAUUCUAACAGUUGGAGCAAGUACCAUAGAUAGACAUAUUGUAGCCACAGCAAAGCUUGGAAAUGGAGAAGAAUUUGAUGGCGAAUCUCUCUUUCAGCCAAAAGAUUUCCCUUCAACAUUGUUGCCACUUGUUUAUACUCAUGUCAAGCAUAUUUGA